AAUCACGAGUUUUCUUCCAGCCAAUCAGAGACCGGAGAUUCAGCCCAUGCCGGAAGUAGUCAUCUCGUGUGUCGCAAAAGUCGCGGGAAGAUUCCGGGGGGCUACUGUUUGGUGUUUUCUGGAGCCGCGCCAUCAUGAGUAAGAGGAAAGGGAAAAUCUCCCAUCAGCCCCUGGGAGAAUGCAUCACACAGGUUCAACGGAUCUUGAGGGAGCGAUACUGCCAGCAAAAACUAGCCAAAGGACUCGAUGGAGUUGGAGCUCAACACAAGCACCUGGAGGAGCUGCUGAGGCGCACCGCUGUCUACGGGGAGAGCAACUCGGUGCUGAUCGUCGGGCCGAGGGGAGCGGGGAAAAGCUCGCUGCUGAGGAGCGUUCUGCAGGAGCUGCUGGAGGAGAAGGAGGUGCAGGAAAACCUUCUGCAGGUCCACCUUAACGGCCUCCUACAGACCGACGACAGAAUUGCACUUAAAGAAAUAACCAGGCAGCUCCACCUGGAGAACGUCGUUGGAGAGAAAGUUUUCGGAAGCUUCGCUGAGAAUUUGGCUUUCCUGCUGGAAGCUCUGAAGAAAGGUGAUCGCACCAGCAGCCGCCCCGUGUUGUUCGUCCUGGACGAGUUCGACCUGUUCGCCCACCACAAGAACCAAACGCUGCUCUACAACCUGUUUGACGUGUCGCAGUCCACCCAGGCGCCCGUCGCCGUGGUGGGACUCACCUGCAGGCUGGAUGUCCUGGAGCUGCUAGAGAAGCGGGUGAAGUCCAGGUUUUCUCACCGACAGAUCCACCUGCUGAGCGGCUUGACGUUCAGUCAGUACCUGGACCGAGUCCGGGCCCAGCUCAGCCUCUCCGAUGAUUUCUGCGACAGCAGGUUCGCUCAGGAGUGGAACGCCAGUGUAAAGAAUCUCAUCGAGGACAAGUCUGUUCAGGACGUUUUGCAGAGACACUUUGACUGCAGCAAAGACUUUCGGUCGUUGCACGUGCUCCUGAUGUUGUGUCUGAGCCGGGUCACCCUCGCCAAACCCACCAUCAAAGCUUCAGACCUGCUGGAUGCCAGCCGCCUCUGCCUCGCCGACUGCAAGACCAACAUGCUGCACGGUCUGUCCAUUGUGGAGCUGUGCCUGAUCAUCGCCAUGAAACACCUCAACGAUGUUUACGAAGGAGAGCCCUUCAACCUGCAAAUGGUCCAUAACGAGUUCAAAAAGUUCCUGCAGCGCAAGUCCAACUCCAUGUAUAACUUCAGCCCGCCCGUCAUCGUGAAGGGGUUCGAGCACCUGCAGCAGCUGGAGCUCGUCCGGCCCGUCGACGGCUCGCCUAAAACCCAGAGGGAGUACCAGAUGAUGAGGCUCAUGGUGGACCGCAGCCAGAUCAUGGAGGCGCUGCAGAAGUACCCACAAUGCCCCACCGACAUCAAGCAGUGGGCCCUGUCGGCUUUUGCCUAAACCCACAAAACACCUCAGAGGAAACUGUUGAAUUCCAUUGAAGAGUUUUUUUUUUUUUAAUAUAUCUAUUUAAUAAAACGAUAAAAUAUGG